CCCUCGGCAACUUCCGCCUCUGACGGACCGCCGUGGCCAAUUCACUUCCGGCAGCGGCGGCUCAAGCAGCCGAAUCAAGAUGGGUCAAAGUCAGAGUGGUGGUCAUGGUCCCGGAGGUGGCAAGAAGGAUGACAAGGACAAGAAAAAGAAAUAUGAACCUCCUGUACCAACUAGAGUGGGGAAAAAGAAGAAGAAAACAAAGGGACCAGAUGCUGCCAGCAAACUGCCACUGGUGACACCUCACACUCAGUGCCGGUUAAAAUUAUUGAAGUUAGAGAGAAUUAAAGACUACCUUCUUAUGGAAGAAGAAUUCAUUAGAAAUCAGGAACAAAUGAAACCUUUAGAAGAAAAGCAAGAGGAAGAAAGGUCAAAGGUGGAUGAUCUGCGAGGGACGCCAAUGUCAGUGGGAACCUUGGAAGAGAUCAUUGAUGACAAUCACGCCAUUGUAUCUACAUCUGUGGGCUCAGAACAUUACGUCAGCAUCCUUUCAUUUGUAGACAAGGAUCUGCUGGAACCGGGCUGCUCGGUCCUGCUCAACCACAAGGUGCAUGCCGUGAUAGGGGUGCUGAUGGACGACACGGAUCCCUUAGUCACAGUGAUGAAAGUGGAAAAGGCCCCGCAGGAGACGUAUGCUGACAUUGGGGGUUUGGACAACCAAAUCCAGGAAAUUAAGGAAUCUGUGGAGCUUCCUCUCACUCAUCCUGAAUACUAUGAAGAGAUGGGUAUAAAGCCCCCUAAAGGGGUCAUUCUGUAUGGUCCACCUGGCACAGGUAAAACCUUAUUAGCCAAAGCAGUAGCAAACCAAACGUCAGCCACUUUCCUGAGAGUGGUUGGUUCUGAACUUAUUCAGAAGUACCUGGGCGACGGGCCCAAGCUCGUUCGGGAAUUGUUUCGAGUCGCUGAAGAACACGCACCAUCCAUCGUGUUUAUUGAUGAAAUUGAUGCCAUUGGGACAAAAAGAUAUGACUCAAAUUCCGGUGGUGAGAGGGAAAUUCAGCGAACAAUGUUGGAGCUGCUGAACCAGUUGGAUGGAUUUGAUUCACGGGGAGACGUGAAAGUUAUCAUGGCCACAAACCGAAUAGAAACUUUGGAUCCAGCACUUAUCAGACCAGGCCGCAUUGACAGGAAGAUCGAGUUCCCCCUGCCGGACGAAAAGACCAAGAAGCGCAUCUUCCAGAUCCACACGAGCAGAAUGACGCUGGCCGAUGACGUGACACUAGACGACUUGAUCAUGGCUAAAGAUGACCUCUCUGGUGCUGACAUCAAGGCAAUCUGUACAGAAGCUGGUCUGAUGGCCUUGAGAGAACGUAGAAUGAAAGUAACAAAUGAAGACUUCAAAAAAUCUAAAGAAAAUGUUCUUUAUAAGAAACAGGAAGGCACCCCUGAAGGGCUCUAUCUCUAGCGAACCACAGCUGGUGGGGCCGAGGAAGCUGCCCAGAGGAACCCGUUUCCUGUUGGUCUUCAUUAGCAGAACGUCCUGUGUCCUGUGCCCCUUUCUGAGCAUGAUGUGUAGAGGGACCGUCAUGCAGUGCUCUCUUCCCAAUAAAGCGCGCUCUUUCUCAAGCA